CGUCGGUGGUGGUGUGAUCAUGUGACUCCUGCCUUUACGACACAACAAUACAACACACACCGUAUCGGUCUGCUUUCACUUCUCUCUCCCCCACUCUCCCCCUCCACGCCUCGCUCUCGGUAUGGCGGACGGCGAGAGGUCCCCCUUACUAGCAGACCUGGGAGAAGGUGCUCUCGGCAUCGGCUCCGGCGGGCUGUCUCCGGGUGCGGCGCCUUACGGUGUGCCCAGCAAACCACAGAGCUUCCCUCCAUUCCCAAGCCCCACCCAGCCCUCAGUGCUGCUAGGGGAGGACCCUCCACCCUACUCCCCUCUCACUUCCCCAGAGAGUGGCAGCGCCCCUGUUAUCAGCUGCAGAGUGUGCCAGAGCUUGAUUUCUGUGGAGGGCAAGAUCCACCAGCACGUGGUGAAGUGUGGGGUUUGCAAUGAAGCUACGCCCAUUAAGAACGCCCCAGCAGGGAAGAAGUACGUUCGCUGCCCCUGCAACUGUCUCCUCAUCUGCAAAGUCACUUCCCAGAGGAUCGCCUGUCCCCGGCCAUAUUGUAAGAGGAUAAUUAAUCUUGGCCCCGUUCAUCCUGGACCUGCCAGUCCUGACCCCCAGCCAGCUGGAGCCCGCGUCUCCUGUGGACACUGCAGCAACACCUUCCUGUGGACAGAGUUCACAGACCGGACGCUGGCCAGGUGCCCACACUGCAGGAAAGUCUCGUCUAUUGGUCAGAGGUAUCCCCGGAGGCGGAGCUUGUGGUGUUUUCUACUCUGCUUGCUAUUCGUCAUCUCAACUGCGGGGCUGAUAGCUGGAACGUGGGUGCAGGCGCAGACCUACCAGGGGAUCUACGCCUCUUGGGCCGUGCUGCUGCUCCUGGUUGUCAUCACCAUGGCGCGGGCCUUCUACUGGGCCUGCAUGAGGUCAAACGUGUUUCAAAAACUGGAUGGCGAUGGCUGCGACUGCUAUAUAUCUAUCGAUGGAGGCUGGAGCUUUCUUACUGAUUGAUUUCCAGGCAGAGCAUUCACCUUUAAGGCCAGCGGUAUAUGUGUGAAAGUGGAGUUGUCUGCUUACUACACAAAGCCUAAUGCCAGUCAGAAUAGGUCAGUAAACUGCACACACACUCAAACACUACACUUGACAUUCUCACUCAGUGCAAGUCCCACAAUGACUCGUCUGUGGUUCUGAAUGUGGUUACAUUUCUUUUAUGAAUUAUGUGUUUGUUUGGGUUUUUUUUGUUUUGUUUUUGAUUGUAAAUAUAUUUGUUGUUCAUGUACAAUGGAAGUGACUAAGCGGAUUAUGUUGCACUCAGUUCUUAACACUACUGCUGUGAUCGCUGCGGACCUUUUUAUUCGUUGUUUUUAAGAAGGUUAUUUUUGCAAAUCUUCACCUGUUACAUAUUUAAUGAUUUGUUGAACUACUAACCUAAUAAGCCUCGGGACACGCAGUGGUGUCCAAAUCUUAACCACAAUCACAGACACACCGACAUACUCACAACAACAACAAUAAACACAUUCCCAAACGAGGACAUUUCUCUGUCACACA